AUGAUCGAUACAUCUGGUUUUACGGAAUCCUUUGGUGAUACAGGAGCUUCUGGAGAGCUCUUUGAUGACUCAUUUUUACAUCUUCAAGAGAUUGCAACCUUUAUGGACUCGGCUGGAUUGCUCACAACGCAUCUCAAUUUUGAUUCUGAGGAGAUCAAUCAUUUAUCAAUAGAGCAGAUUCCCGAAUAUCACCACAGAUUGGACAGCGAGCCAGAGCUUGAUCCUGAUCACCAAAUCGAUGAACAUCACUCUGGAACUCCUUUUCGAUCUUGGCUCCCAUCCGCUCCUUUGGGUGACUCUAGCACUGCAACCGUGAAAGACUUCCAUUCACCACAUCAUCCCCGAUCAACCAGUCCUUUUUUCAAUAUCUCCCAAGCGCGACAUUCUCAUAUUGUAUCUCUGCUUUCAAAAUGCCAAGACAAAAUUCCCACUUUCAUUCUACCCUCUCGCCACGCAUUAACUCGGUACCUUACUUCGUUUUGGGAAACAUUUCAUCCUCAAAUGCCCUUUAUUCACUUGCCCACAGCGAACUUCGCCGAUUUUUCUCUCGAAGAGAUUCUCGGCUAUUCUUCUAUGGGAGCACAAUACAGAUUUGAACAUCGAGCGGCGGAAAGCUUGUUUUUUGCCGGUCAAGCAUUGGUCCUGGAAAAAGUCACAAAUAUCAGAAACGAAGUCACCACUAACACCUCAUACUUGCAAAAACCUGGAAAUCCAAGCCUUCCCCCCAGCCAAUGGUCUAUCGAUAGCCAAAUUCCAUUUUCGACCCCCAUAUCGGAGCAUGGCCAGAGUUCUCCAAAAAAGGAAUUGUUCCGUCAAAAUACCCUAGUUGGGAUCUUACGCGCAUCACUAACAUUAAUGGCAUAUUCGGCCUGGGAAUCAUCUAGUCUAGUACAAGAGUCUAUGAGACUACGAAUUAUAGUUAUUGAAUGCCUAGAAAAGCUCGGUAUGCGAGAAGCCAGUAUCCGCCCAACUUCUGGUACCUGGGUGGGCUGGGCAAGGGCCGAAAGUUGCCGCCGGGCGCAACUUGUUGCUUAUUGUUUUGUGCACACAUUAGGCCUCGCCUAUAACCACCCACCUGCUAUAAUGGCAAGGAAUAUACUCCUCCUACUGCCCUGUGAUUCAACAGAAUGGGAAUCUGCGACACAAGAAGAAUGGGAAUCCCGACAUGCAACAUCUAUACCGCAGAUGUCUUACAAAGAAGCUCUAUCCUUGCUUUUGAGGAAUCGAUAUAAGUCGCCUGAAAGGCCUGUUCUUACACCUCUAGGUAGCUACAUGGUAUUGCAUGGGCUCAUCCAGCAUAUCUAUUUCCUGCGAGAGUUGUCGGAGCUCAAAACUUCAAUUUGGCAAGCGACUCAAGAAUCGACUCUUAACCCUCGAAAUGAGACAGGACUCAUAUCCUUCACAUCGAGCGCUCUUCUUGGAAUAGCUUAUAUUCGUCUCCAUCUUGAUACUGGGCCUCAUCGACAACUCGAAACACGCAACCCGGAAUUGAUUGCCCAUUCACUCUGCAACUUACCCACGCUUCAACGCAGCCCUGUUUUGAUUCCUCGCUUCUUUAUGCCGUUCACGCUUUAA